AUGGCGGCGAGCCAAAACGUACCAGAACUUGGUGGAUAUGACCACGAGUUCACGGGCAAUGUUCCUGAUAACUAUGAAUGUCUUGAGUGCUUUUUACCAAUGAGGGAUCCAGUUCAGAUUGUAGGAUGUGGACACAGACUCUGCAACAUUUGUAUGGAAUCACUCUUGCGACGCCCUUCGCCAUUGUGUCCAGUAGAUAGGGAACCACUGUCACGUGACAAGAUAUUUCCAGAUUCUGCCCAUCAACGCGAAAUCCUGGAUCUGACCGUGAAGUGUCCCCAUUCUGGAUGUUCAUGGACUGGAGCACUGCAUGCUGUUGAGAAACACCAGUCAGGAUGUCUGUUGAAAGAAGUGCAAUGUUCAAACUCAGGAUGUACAGAGAAGUUUACCAAGAAAGACCUGAAAGUUCACGAGUCAUUUCAUUGUUUUUGGAGGAAGAUAAACUGUGAGCAUUGUCAACGAUCAUUCGUCCUUCAUCAACAGCGAAACCAUUUAAAAGUUUGCCAAAGGUUUCCUGUUCAGUGCACCAAGUGCGGCUCUAGACAGAUUCCACGAGAAAAGCUCGAGGUUCACAUUCGCGAUGAAUGUCCUGAAACUGAAGUCCACUGUGAAUACAGAUACUUAGGAUGCGAUGCUAUGUUUCCACGAUCAAACACCAGUUCUCAUUCAAGGUCCCAAGUUGAACGUCACUUUAACCUAGCCCUCCAUUGCUACGACGCCAGUCAGUUGCAGGUUAAAGAACUGGUCAGCCUUGUCAAGGAACAGUAUCAGCGAAUAGAACAAUUGGAGACCCAAGUUGAGGAACAGUCACAGCGAAGAGAACGAUUGGAGGCCCAAGUUGAGGAACUGUCACAACAAACAGAACGAUUGGUGGACCAAGUUGAAGAAGAGUCACAGCAAAGAGAAUAA